CUCUCUCUCUCUCCGACAGAUCUAAACUUCGCAUUUUCAUCAGGUGAGCUUCUUCUUUAGAUAGAUACAUUGAAUAAGCGCAUGCCGAUUUAAGAAUACACGUUAUUUUUUCCCCCUUUUCAAUUUGUAGUGACGAGCUGCAUCAAUUCUGAUUCUAGGGUUGAACUUUUGUGGUUAGCAAAAUUUAUCAUUCAAGGCUUGAAUUUGAUGAUUGAAUUUCGUGGUUUUGCAUAAACCAUUUUGGUGUCGUUAGUAUGAUUUCCUGUCUGUAUACAUGUGUCUUAUGAAAACCUUUGAUCAGAUUUUCGAAACUCUGAGGUGCUAGCUUUUUUUGUUAGAUAUAGGGCCGGAAGUUUUUAAUUAAUUUAUUGAUUUUGAGAAUUUUUUCAUUUUACGUAUUUUUAUGCUUACUGCAGCUUCCCCGAAAAUUUUCACGCUCUAUCAACAAUACGUUUAUUUGCCUAAAUCCGAGCUGUUCUUGCUGAAUCGUCCCAAAAAGCCAUGAUGAAGCUUUUGCUGUUAAUCAAAAGAAAGCUAAAAUGGAUGUUGAGGAGCUUAAGAAGAUGGAAGAUGAAGAAUCUUCUAUCAUGAAAACGAUGAAAGGGGCAACCACCGGAUUUGUUGCUGGCACCUUUUGGGGUAUGGUUGUUGCUACUUGGCAUGAUGUGCCUCGUGUUGAGAGGAGUAUCGCACUUCCUGGUUUGAUCCGGACACUGAAGAUGAUGGGUAACCAUGGAGCGACAUUUGCUGCUAUAGGUGGAAUCUACAUGGGGGUAGAGCAGUUAACACAGAAGCAGCGUAUGAAAAGAGAUUAUAUUAAUGGAGCAGUUGGAGGAUUUGUUGCUGGUGCUACAGUCUUUGGCUUCAAAGGGAGGAGUGUUUCAUCAGCCAUGUCUGCAGGAGGUGCCUUUGCAGCCACUUCUGCAAUCCUCGAAGUAUUAGGUAUCGAGAAAAGGGACACCGGCAAGGUUAAUUAUGUCUACACCCGCGAGAAAAGGCCUAACCCGAAUGUCAACUAGUUGUCAACUAGUUACUGACGGUGCAGUUCUCGUUAAGCUCCUUGUGAAACAUUAGCGUACUGAGCUUUGUUUUGUGUUGCUCCCCCUUUCUUACCAUUAACAUAUGGUGAAUGACCGGUUUAAAUAAAUUUCAUGUACGUCUUUCAUUACUUUCUUUGAAGAGGACAAUCAUUAUUUACACAUACAAUUUGUGGUUAAUAACAUUGGUAAUUGGUAAUGGCAUGUAAAGUUGAUUGGUGGUGGAAUUUUUCUGCAAA